UGUAUAUAUUGCUUGUGUAACAAUCCUGCUAUGGAAUUCUGUUUCCCAAAACCACAUCUAGGUGGCACGGAUGAUAUUGUAGAGGUCAGGGAUGAGGCAAAUCUUUGGAAAAAUAAAAUAGGUCUAAAUCACAGCAACGAAGUGAAAGACGAAUUCAACAAUUCCGGCAAUGAGUUGAGUGCCGCUUCUGUCCCUGGCAUGAAAAUAUAUACUGCAAACGGCUUUGAAAAGAAAAGCGAAUUCAACGAUUCCGGCGGUGAGUUGAAUGCCGCUCUUGUCCCUGAGUUGAGUGCCGCUGUUGACUCUGACGUGAAAAUAUCUAUUGGAAACUACUUUGAAGUGAAAGACAAAUUCAACAGUUCCGGCGGUGAACUGAGUGCCGACUCUGACGUGAAAAUAUGUAUUGGGAACGGCGCAAUACCGACUGAAGUCAGCCAGGAAGUCUUCUACCGCGUGUUCUACGACACAACAAAGCUGUUGCAGGAUAUCCCCGUUGAACCUGAUGAAACACUCAUUUCCCCUGUGAUUGAAUGCGGACCACACGAUAUCAGACUUUCAAAGCCUUUGGAGAUUAUAAUUCCACAUUGCCUCCAUAUGGGUAAAGCUCAAAAGAAAUGGAUAACUGUCUACAGAAGCGACCCAGAUCCCAUCAAGUGGGAGAAAAUCCCUAACGAAUCAAAAAAGAAGAAUCUGUCAAGGGCAUGGUUCAGAGCAAAAGAGGACUCCAUUCAUAUCAAAACCACGAGCUUCUGUUUCUGGUGUGUAUUUUGUCGUGGUGGGGCACCGAGGAAGAAAAGAGCCACAGUGUUUGCUAGUAAACCGAAUCCCAGACGUGAUCUCAUUCAUAUCAGAUUUUACAUUUACAGUGACAACAAAGAUUCUUUGAGGCGAGUGGAGAUGCAAGAGGAAAGGCAGUGUUCUGAUUCAUGGAAAGGAAUGGAGAAACCCUUCAAAAUGCACAACAACAGCAAAAAGAUAACCGUGAAACUUGUGACGGAUCCUGAGGAGGGCUGGGAAUUAGACAAGACAGCUGGUGAUCAGGUGUACAUCUGCGAUGAUUCCCAUGGCGGUAGAUUCCGCUGUACAAAUACUUGUGAUUUUGCAGUAAAACCAAUGAAAGGUAGAGAAGUGGAAGAGUUCUCUUGUAAUAUAACGUUCCAGCAAGAGGGCCAUGAUGAACAUGCAAUAUACGUAAACCCUGGCUUUUCACUUGUGGAGGGGUCGGUCGGGCCGGCAAGUGCUCAUACGCACUUCAACAGCGCAGCUGGAGGCUCGACUUCUUCAGAUCCAGAUGAAGGUGACAGGGGUAACUUAGACGAACAACCAAAAACUUCUCAAGGAAGUGGCGGUGAUGAGGUGAACGCACCGACUCUUGGACGCAGCAAAAGCUCAUCUGGAUGCUCGAGGUCUUCAACAGCAGAAGAAGGUGACAAGAGCAACUUAGACGAACAACCAAAACCUCGUCAAGACUCGAAGCUCCUUAGCAGUUUGCUGGAUAAUAAUCCAUAUCUAGAGCGAGUAUGUAACCGUCUGGACACAAGACGAGUGUCGAGUGUUGGUGACUAUCACGCUGUUUGUUCAUAUUAUGGUAUUGACAGUUAUCAAGUGACCGCAGUUUACGAAAAGCAUAAUGGCGGACCGUCAAAAGCCCUAAUAGAACACUUGGCAGCUUCAAAAGAAGAGCAAACAGUUGCCGAGUUUGCUAGUGUAGUGAGAGAAGUUGCCAAGAGAGGUGACGUUGCCAAGAUUUUGGAAGAAUAUAAUAAUCAGUAAAAAACAUUUUGAAGAAGUCAGCGUUAUUUUUAAGUAGUUUUUACAUGUGAAUGUAAAAUUCUCUAAAAGAAACGCUAAAUAAUUGCACGUUCGUCACAAAAAAACAAUUCCACAGCAUAAUAAAUUUAGUUCAGAUAAACAACCAAAAGUAUUUAGAAAGAAAUAUCAAAAAACAAAACAAAUUGUAAUUUUCGGCGUGACUUUAGGAUAUUCAGCUUGUAACGAAAUUAAUUUUACAAAGGUUAAAGACACCUAAAUUCGAAAAAAAAAAAAUUAGAAUGAUCACCAUUAUCAACCAACGAGUAUCGUCCAGUACAGAGUUUACCACCAGUACUGUUAGACCUCUGUAUCUUCUUUUUGGCCUGACAUAAAUUGCAGCGAGAGCGAAAGGACGUUAUGACAAUUUUAAGUAAAUAUGCUUUGAAUAACAAAGAUCAAAGGUACUUAGUUUCAAAACUAACACCUAUCCUAUUAAACCCUUGUUUUUUUGACCCUCCUGAACUAUCAAAUAGCCAGUAAAAGAGAAGAAUUAGAUAUCCUCCCCCCAAAAAACAGCAAUAUAUUGAGUACCUACUGAGCAUUCAUCUGCAUUUGCAAAGUAAGCCAAGCAACUUGUUAAAUACAUUUUAAAUAAUGACUUGAUGUUUAUAAUGCAAGUAACGUAUUCGAUUUAUGUCGGCAAUGUAAGUAGUAUAAUAAUCGUACAAAAUUUCUUGCGAGCAGCUCAUUGUAAGUAAUGUAUGCUGUUGCCAAAAAAAAAUGUUUAGAUAUAGAUAUAUAGAUACAAAUUAGGUAUAUAGGAUUGAUCGCAACUUUGCUUAGCAUAAACAAGAAUUUUUUGGGGUAAUGAAGUUUGAAUUUGCAAGAGUUCUAAAAAAUGAUGUAGUAUUUACAACAACUUUCUUUUGAUAUGUUUGCUUGAAUAAGUGCCUCAAGAGGUAAAGAGAGCAUCCUAUUUUGUAAACAGAAGUUAUCUGCAUGUAACGUAGAUAGAUGUUUAAUUAGAGAGGUUUUGAUGUCAUCAUACUAAACUUAGGUUAUUUUCAUCACCUACAUCAGUCAGAGAUUGAGAUGGGGUAUUCAGCACCAAGUAUACCAUGCAGUCGGUCAUUCCUAGAUAUUCAACCUUUUAACUCUCAAGAUCUGAUUAUUCAUUUUCCCCUCGAACUGCUACACAUUUCCUUGUAAAUAGUUAUGGGAAUUUGGCGUUAGAUCAAGAUAACAGCUUGAUAGGUUAAAGUUUUCUCGAUACCUGUUUGUAGGAUAAUGUAUAGAUAUUAUAGGGAGAAGCUCCAUGUUAAUCACUAUUGGGAGUCGAAGGAUUAAUUCAAACUGAUGUUCUUAACUAUUAGCUCCUUUCAACUCGGUAUGAAAUGUUUCUUUGGUUUGUGAUUAAGAUAAAUUUGACUUUUUAUAAUGUUGAGCACAUAUGCAAAAUAGUUUGAAAUAUAUAAAGGGGGCAAGUUUCUGAUGAAACUGUGGUGCUGCGUUGGUGGGAGAGUAUAACUGGGUAAUUAAGUAUUAUCAAAUGAGUUGAUAACAUAGUUUGGGCACCGU